CUCGACCCAAGCCUCCAUCCGCCAUUUUCAGCAGAUUGAAGGCAGGUAGCGCACAAAAAUCACAAGCCCCCGGUCAAAUCACGCAGUGAGCCAUGGCUGCUUCUGGGGCAGUGGUGGAGUCUCUGGAGGAAAUUCCAGCUCAUGUUUGGAAAGGUUUGCCUGCCAGUCUGAAUCUGGGACCUUCGGCUAUAAAUCAAAAUCGCAUUGGUGUCUGGGCAACACAAGGUAUUCCUAAGGGCAAGCGGUUUGGUCCUUUUGUUGGAGAGAAGAAAAAGAGGUCCCAGGUCACCAGCAAUGUGUACAUGUGGGAGGUUUAUUUCCCGUCUCGAGGAUGGAUGUGCAUCGAUGCCACAGAUCCAAUGAAGGGGAACUGGCUGCGAUAUGUGAACUGGGCUCGCUCCAGUAAAGAGCAGAAUCUUUUUCCACUUGAGAUCAACAGAGCCAUUUACUACAAAGUUUUAAAGCCUAUCCGGCCCGGAGAGGAGCUGCUGGUGUGGUACACCGUGGAAGACAACCCUGAGAUAACAGCUGCUCUGGAGGAAGAAAGAGCCAACAGUCUGAACAGGAAAAACUCGCACAGGGCGAAGCAAGCAGCCAGAAGAAAAGUUCUGGAAAAAGCCAGACAGGCUGGUUCAGGUGGAUUUAAAACGACAAGCGGAACCGAGGCCACUAUCAAGGAGAUGUGGGACGGAGGAGAAGGUGUGAAGGAGGAUGACAGGACAUCCGAGACCUCUCGGGGGCCAGAAGUCCACCCCCCGGAGAGCACUGACAAUAAAGGAGCGCAGAAUGUCUCAGAAACAUUAAUGGAGACUGGAACCUGGGAGGAAGAAGAUGAGGAGGAGGAGGAGGAGGAUGAAGACGAGGAGGAGGAAGAUGGUGACGACAGUCAGGAAACGGCACACCAAACCUCUCAACAGUUAAAUGCAGCUGAUUACACGCAAAGCAAACAAUCUGGCCCGUCAUGUGACGGAGGAAGCCUCGCAGUUUCACAGGUGAAGUUGAAAAGCUCCUCGGUUGCUGCACAUGAUCCCGAUUUUGAGCCCGGUGGUGAGCUGGAGAGCGAUGCACACGGAGAGUCGUACCCCUGUCCUCACUGCGAGCGCCGCUUCUCCACCAGACAGGGCCUUGAGCGUCACGCGCACAUUCAUGGCAUCAGUUACCAGCAAGCCCAAGUCUUCAGGUGCCAAUACUGCAAUAAGUCUUUCGGUUCACAAGUGGGGCGACGGCGGCACGAGAGAAGGCAUGAAGGCGGCUCCAAGAAAAGGCCGGGUUCCCUGGCUGGAGCUUCUUCCAGCUUAAUCAGCCCUGUAGCUCAAACUGACUCGAGUCCUGACUGCACGAGCCCAGCGACGCACUAUAUAGCUAUUGGGUUCUCAGGAGGACAUGUGCAGAAGCCAGAGCUGCAGAGAAAGGAGUUGGGAGCAGGUGCUGAACGACCUUUGACUUUGGAAGAAAACGGCGAGUCAAAGGAGCUGCAUCCCUGCAAGUACUGUAAUAAAGCCUUUGGCACGCACACAAACAUGCGCAGACACCAGCGCAGGAUCCAUGAAAGGCACUUGCUACCCAAAGGGGUUCGCAGGAAAGGUAUGCUGUUUCAAGAGGCGUCGAUGCAGCAGCGGCCUGGCGAGUCUCCAAGCACCAGCCCUCCUCCUGUCUACGUGCCCAGCGCGGACACAGAGGAUGAGGCGGACAGAGACGAUUACACAGUCGACAUAUCCAAAAAUAUAUCCGAAAAUCUGAGCUUCUACAUUGACGGAAAGAUUGUGUCCACCGGUGCAGUAAGCAACUGUGAGGUGAUAGAGGUGGACUCGCGCUCUGCAGCUUUGUUUGGUUUGGACACCGUUAUUAUCAGCCCAAACCAGCUCAGCCAGGCGCUCAAAGUGGAGGCCAGAGCGACUUCUGCUAAACAGAUCUCCAGCAGCGGGCAGCCAGCAGCAAAAAGGAGAACAUCCACACCUCCUCUGGUUACUGGUCUCAAAGUGGAAACAGAAACGACGCCAUCAUCCUCAUCUACAUCCUCUAAAUUGUUAGUGGGAGGAAUAUUCCAACAAAGCACUGAUUCAGCAGCUUUUCAACGGGAGAAAACAGUCUACCUUUCGCCGAAACUAAAACAGCUGCUUCAGACACAAGACUUCCAGAAAUCCACCAUCACCCUCAUCACAGACAGCCACAGGCUGACCUCGCCGCUGGCGGUCUCUCCGCUGCAGGGGGCGUCGGGGAAAUUCAAGAGAAGAACCACAUCUCCUCCAUCAUCUCCACAGCUCAGUCCUGCUGGUAAAACCGAAAGCUGUAAAGGAGAUGCAUUGAGUGCACACACCCUCAAGGUGCCAAAGUUAGAAAGUCACAGUGUGCCUCCACCUGAGGACGUCCAGGAUCAAGAUGAAGAUGCACUGAGCCCCUCUGGAAAUGUAACACACAGCCAGUCUUCCUCAGGCAGUGGAGGGAAUUCCUGUAACCAGCAGCCCUUGGAUUUGUCCAAUUCUGUCGGCAGGCAAACUGAUAUUGUAAACAAAGUGCUCGGAGAUUCUGCUCUGGAUUUAAGUUUACAUUGUAAGAGCAUUGUGGAACCUGAAAUAAAGGGAAACUCGGCACCUCAGUCUUUAACAAAGAAGAGGAAGCCCAACACCAGUAUGCUUGAAAAGGUGUUGAUGAACGAGUACGCCAGUCUGACUCUGCCCGCCGAGGACGGCCCCUUUGCUCUGGCAGGCCUGAGUCGACUGAGUUCUUGUUCUCCAAAUGUUACAUCAGAGUCUGCCCACCCAUCUCCACCAUCUUUGACCCCAGUUACCAUCAACCCAUCGUCUCCGGGCGCCAGCAGUGCAACAUCUCCGACACCCCCUCCCCCCGUUCUUCCCACCAUACCGUCCCCACCGGCUAUGCCGAGCUCUCCGCGGUCCCAGCCGUCUGACUCGCCUGCACACAGACCUCUACCCGUUCUCUCCCCGAAAAUGUCUCCAAGAGUCGAUGGACAAAAACUCCAGUCAGACUCUGAGAAUUUCCUAGACGACAAAGAUGAAGAUGAGAACCGUAUCCCCGAUUUAUUAGACUCUUUAAACAGUUCACUUGAAGCCCCCCCUCGUCCUUCUGCGGGUCCACGUUCUCCUGAACCUACGGCUGAAGAUCUGUCCUCUCUAGAAAAGGUUUCUCACCUCGCAAGUUGCAGCUCUAAGCUAAAUGGCGGCACUGCAGACACGGAGGCGUCUUUGAAAUCUGACUCAGAUGCUGCUCUUCCACUGUCAUCUCCUUCAUCUCCUCCUGUGGCACAGGAGUCUUCGCUGUCCUCCGUUUCUCAGUCCCUCUGUCUGAUCAAGGUAAAAGAGGAGCCUCAGUCCUGUGAAGACUACUCUCCUGUUAAAAGCGAUUCUCUUCAGGAUGGCGUUGAUUCAUCUCCACUGCCUCAUCCUGCUAAAACCUCAGAGGCAGAGGAAAUCAACUCUGUGUACUGCAAAAUUUUUCUGUGUAAUGUCUGCGAGGAGCCGUUUAAUUCCAUCAAAGAGCUGAGCGCUCACAUUACAGAACACGCCGCCGACUGGCCCUUCAAGUGUGAAUUUUGCGUGCAGCUGUUUGAGGAUGCUCCUGCGCUGCUAGCUCACCGCACCACACUACACGGGGUGGGCAAGAUCUUCGUGUGCUCCGCCUGUUCCAAAGAGUUCGCCUUCCUCUGUAACCUCCAGCAGCACCAACAGGAUCUGCACCCAAACGAGGCCUGUUCACACAGCACCGUGGAGAACGGAAAACUCAGGCCGCACAAUUACACGGACCCAUCCAGAGCCAAAGAGGAGAGCAGCCCCUCCACGCCAUCGCAAGAGACGGCGGACGAAAACGCUCCUCAAACAGACUCUGAUUCACCGCAGCAAGAGCCGAGCGUGAACGGAGAUCACGCCGAGGACUCAAACGAGGAACUCUACACUACAAUAAAGAUCAUGGCCUCUGAAGGAGGAAAGCCUAGAGGUCCAGAUGUUCGCCUCGGCAUUAACCAACACUACCCCAGCUAUAAGCCCCCCCCCUUUCCCUAUCACAGCCGCUCCCAUGCCGGUUCGGUGGCUUCUGCUACAAACUUCACUACACACAACAUACCCCAGACCUUCAGCACUGCCAUCCGCUGCACCAAAUGUGGCUGCAGCUUCGACAACAUGCCCGAACUGCACAAGCAUAUCCUCGCCUGCGCCAGUGCCAGCGACAAGAAGCGUUAUACUCCCAAGAAAAAUCCCAUUCCCCUCAAGCAAAUAGUAAAGAGUCCAAAUGGAGUGGUGUCCCCCGUUGUGGUGGCGGGACAGAGUGCUUUCCGCAGGAUGGGUCAGCCAAAGAGGCUCAACUUUAACCAGGAUGCAGUCAAAACAAAAAUGAACGCCCUCAGUAAAAAGAGAAACCAGCUGGUGCAGAAAGCCAUCUCGCAGAGAAAUAAAACGGCCGCCACCGCCGCAAAGAAGAGUUUUGUCAAAACAGAAGCGGAGCUCGCCUCCAGCGUGUGCCCCCACUGCAGUCGGGAGUUCACCUACACUGCGAGUCUUACCAAGCACAUGGCCGUCAGCUGUCCCAUGAAACCUGCUGUCGCUAAAAGGGGCAAGAAAGGGCUGGCAGAGGUGAAGAAGGAGGUCAUUUCCGUGCUGGAUAAAAACACGAGCAAGAAAAAACCUGUAGACCCCGAGGCUCAAACAGAGGUUGAAGCUAAGCCUUUGGUUAAAACCAGGACCCGUAGCUCAGGUGGAACCAAUACCGAAUCCUUUCAGGGGAGCAAAAGGAAAGCCGCUGCUGCGGUGGGCCGGCUAAAAAGGACGGCUUUAUCUCCGGUGCCAGUGUCUCCUAACAAAAGGAACAAGAAAAGUCAGACUAAAACACUACCUCCCACCAUUCCAGCCCUAGACCCUCCCGCUGAUGGGGCGCCACGGCCAGCCGUCAGAACGUCACGCCCAGCAAUCGGGAAGAAGCCAGCAGCCAUGAAAUUAGCAGAAACUACACAACAGCUAAAGAAGGAGGAGAGGUUCUCCUUACGAAUGAGGGAGCGAAUGGGAGGUCCAGUCACCAGGAGUUCACAAAUGGCUAACACUCUUCCUCCAGCAGAGGUGAAAAGUGAGGAAGCAUCACUUGAGGAGCCAAAAGACUCUCAGGACGUGUUGAUGAAGUAAAGCCAUGGUGACAGUGUUGAGCUAUUCCUGGAGUACAGUGUUCACCUACCAGACAAACCUCUGGACUCACCAAAGCACUGAGGAUGACCUUUUCUUGGUUUUUUUUCUUAUUGGUUUUUUUUUUGCAGCUUCUCCCAACCCAAAUACGUCUGCCUAUCUGAACUGCCUUUGCUGGACUCAUGGAGGGAACUCGUCUCUUCUGUCUUCUAUCUUAUGAACUAAACUGAGCCUCAAUUUCUGCCAGACUUGCAAAAAAACAAAAAAAAAAAUAAAGAAGAAAACUGUAGAUGACGAUGAAUUAAUAUAUACAUGUCAUUACUUGACAGAAAACAGUAAGAUUAGGGCUCUGUAAUUUUAGAAAGCUGAUGUAUUGCAAAUGGCAAUCAUGUAUCAGUGUGAAGUUAAUUUGUUAAAUCUUCAUCCUAUGUUCCUCCUUUUGGUUGGUUAGAUUUUCUCGACUCUUAAUGCAUGUGUUAAAAAAAAAAAGAGAACGUUUAAACUCCGCCCACAUCUUUUCCCCUCUGGGCAACAUAUUUCAGUUAAUAAAAGAUUGAAAAACUAUGUAUGUUUGGAUGAAAACUUUUUAUAGUCAUUGUAAAAUAUCUUAUUGGCUUUUUUUUGUUUUGUUUGAUGAAAAAAGAGGUUGAACGGCCAUUUUUUUAAAAGUUAUUCUUUAGGAGGUUCAGUCUGACGUGUUCACGGGGCUUAAAUCUCAUGUUUUACCUGACUUUUUGUUUAAUCAGCAGAUGUUUCAUACCGUAAAAUCAUGCUGGAAUUGACCUUUAAACAAAGUGACACCUGCCUGUUUUCGGAGGUUUUUCAGCAGCCGUGUGUUCUUACAGCACUUUAAAACAAACUGCCAAAACGUUCAACUGGAUUGGUCCGACUGGUGUAAUUAGGAACAGUGGUGGUUUGCCCCAAUCACGGAGUCAUUUGAACUACUUUUACAGUUUUUUUUUUUUUUUUUUGGGAAUUGACCAGACAGAAUCUCUCCUGUUUUUGUUUUUUGUUUUAAAGCCAUCGUAAGUGAACAUUUGCAGAGUUGUUUUUUUUUGUCAUUUCCUGUCCAAAGCCAUGCCACACUACCUAACAGCUGUUCAAAGGACUGCUGGGUAAAACCGACGACAGAUUUAAGCUUUUUAAUGUCCAGUGGGAGCGCAGAGACGCAGGCGGUGCGCGAUCCUUGUAGCGUUAUUGGUGAAUUCAACAAUUCUUUGAUUUGAAAGACUUUGUCUGAACGAGAAGUCUUCGUUUUGCCUUUUUAGCAUCAAAAUCUUGUGUUUAAAGACGAACAAAGAGGAGAAUCAGGAAUGACCUCAAGGUAAACAUUGCUGUAAUUGAAAAAAAAAUUAAAAGUUUUUUUUUUUUCAA